AUGAUCGAAAAGGUGCAUCCGUACUUCCAGAACAACAUGCAGAGACAUGCUGACGAAUGCCCAUAUGUUCUAACAGGAGGAAACCUCCUAUCAGAUGGCGCACCAGAGAAAGGCACUGUGGGGUCUGCAGACUUGGAGCUUUUGGGUCUCACCCAGCUGACUGAAAGAUCGCUGAGCACAUUUCAGAUUAUUUGUGGCGGAUGGAACAUAUGUAACAGCUGGGCAGCUAUUGUUGGCACUCUGUCUAUCGGCAUAGUAGAGGGUGGCACUGUCCUUCUCCUCUACGGCAUUGUUAUCAUGAUGGUAUUCGGGGGUUGUUUUGCCUCAACCUUAGCAGAGCUUGCAAGCGUCUACCCAACUGCCGGAGGGCAGUAUCAUUGGACUUCUAUAUUGAGUCCUAAGAGAUAUAGCCGCGUUCUGAGUUAUUGCUGUGGCACGAUCAAUAUUUUUAGCUGGAUAUCAACAAGCGCGGGUGUCACAAUCCUACCGGCGCAGUUCAUUGUUUCGAUGGCGAUCUACAAUUACCCAGGCUACGAGCCAAGAACAUGGCAUUACUUCCUUAUCUAUCAGGCCACAAACAUCAUAGUUCUGCUUUAUAACGUUUUUGCAAUUCGAAGAACAUCAUGGCUGCAUGACAUUUGUUUCUUCGUAUCUAUAUCAUCAUUCUUCAGUAUUCUGGUGACAACCCUUGUUCGCACUCCCCAGAUGCAAUCAGCACAGUUUGUAUGGACUACUUUCAUCAACGAAUCUGGCUGGAAGUCAAAUGGUAUUGCGUUUCUGACGGGCAUGAUAAACCCAAAUUACAUCUAUUGCGGGAUUGACGGCGCCAUCCACUUGGCAGAAGAGUGCAGUAAUGCUAACACGGCAGUGCCUUUUGCCCUAAUGAGCACACUGGCCAUCGGAUUUAUCACUUCAUUUGCCUUUGUUAUUGCAAUGCUCUACAGUCUGACCGACUUGAAUGCUGUCAUCAACACAGUAACCGGUGUUCCUAUUUACGAGAUAUGGUUACAGGCGACGCAAUCCGGCGCUGCAGCAACAUUAUUCGUUACACUGCUGGCAGUCAUUGCUUUUAUUUCCCUUAAUGGAUGCCAACAGACCUCUUCACGCCUAACUUGGGCAUUUGCUCGAGAUGACGCCUUGAUCCUCUCCAGAUAUAUCGGUCGGAUUCAUCCAGAGCUACAAGUUCCAGUGUACGCGCUGUUAGCCAAUUCGGCCAUCAUUUUUAUUAUUGGCUGCAUUUAUCUGGCAUCAUCCACUGCAUUUAAUGCUUUGAUUGGAACCGGUAUAGUGUUGCAACAGGUCUCGUUCUCAUUUCCCGCUGCACUGCUUCUCUAUCGUCGCCGAGCCUCAACCUACUUGCCACCCCACAGACCCUUUAAUCUAGGUCUAUUUGGCUGGGUUUCAAAUGCUAUGACGGUGGCUUUUGGAGUAAUCACUUUGGUUUUCUACAAUUUUCCGGCUGAAAUGCCCGUUGAUGGUGGCAACAUGAACUACACUUCUGUGGUCAUCGGAGUCAUGGCAAUUUCCUCUCUGUUGAAUUGGUUUGUGCAUGCCCACAUGAAAUACCAGGGCCCGAGGCUUCCUGCAGAUCUCACGUAA